AUGGCGCGACAAAAUGACAAAAUCUUUCAGAAUCUACCCGCGGUAGAAGACGAUAGUGGGUACACAAGUAGUGACGCUAGUGCCACAAGGCCAUCAUUGAUGUCGAGUAGUGGCAGCGAUGAGGAAGAAACGCCGAGACCGAACGAUCAGCACGACCGAUGGAAUCAGCAAAAGGAAUCUGAAGUGAACAAUGGACCCUUCAGGCUCAAUAGAAUCAGUAUGGCUAGACAGCUCGAACGUUUCAGGCUUCCUAGACAGGUAUCUAACUUUACUGUGGCUCCAAGAACGGGGGCAAACAACGACAAUACGACCGAACCCAAGGAGCCCACGACCGAACCCAAGAAGCAAUCGAAUCUGGAACAGACAUCUGAAGUACAAGAACGAAAUGAGCAGGACACGAAGGGCCAAACGGCCAAGACGAGGGUCCAGCCAGACGAUCAGUUAAGUAGAAACGAUGGUACAAAGUAG